UUUUUAAAAAAAGUAGAAGACUUUUUCGAGAUUUUUUUAUUGCAACUAAAUUUUCAUUAGUUGUACUUUUUUACUAAAAACAAUCAGCUUCGUAACUUUAAUUCGAUCAUCAAAACCUACGUCUCCGUCUAGUCGUUUUGUCUGAACUAGUUUGUACUUACAAUCUGGUGUAAUGCUACCGGAUAGAAAAUGUAAUUUGCUAAGAAUGGAUUGGUCUUACAGAUAUUUAUUUACCCUAUAGGCGAUAACAGUCUUAGAAAAAAUAAGUAAGUGGGCAUCAGGAGAAAAAUGUAUGUAUAUAAAUAAUGAAACCUCAUUUCUUUAAGAAUAAAAAUACUACGAAAAUGUUAACAGACUUUUAUUGGCAGUUCGCUACACGUGAUUUAUUUAAAACAUUUAUAUUUGUGUAUAUUCUGUGGUUUAUAAUAUAAAAGAUUUGUAUGAAAAUAUUUAGGGUAUAAUCUAAAUCCAGGUGUAUUUUUAAUAUCUGUUAAGUCAAAUUCCUAAAAUGUCAGUUCAAUAUAUCAAAAUUUACUACGGACCUUGUGAUUCAUUCCACACGGUGACCCACAAGCCGCAGAAGCUCAGAGGACUCAGAGAUCGCCUCCAAAAACUCGGUUUUAGAGUUGAUUUGGUGCCGGUGGAGUUUGUUAAUUACUGCGUGCUGGAGAUCUGCGGGCACGAAGUGUUCCGCUGCAACAUCCAGAAUCUUCUAUUUAACACCCCAUACCACCUGGAUCCUGUGUGCCAGCGUGCAAUCCAAGCAGUGCUAGAGUCCACCGUGAAGUUCAGGCGAGCGCGCAACUACCUCUGGUUCUGGACGCUGAUUGGAGACCAGAUCUUCGUGAGGAACGAGUAUAUGCCGAAAGACCAGUGGCCGUUCAGCUGGGACACCAAAGACUACACAUCCUGCUUGGAGUGUGCUAACUGUUGCGCUAUUCUUGCAAACUGGAAGAAAAAUGAUUAAAGGUCUUUUUACGUCAAACAUUGUAUAUUUAAGAAAUAAAAUUAUAUUUAAUAAAUACAUUAUGGAGCGACUGUC